UCCCCCCUCCCUACAGCCACUGUAUAAAGUCAGCUCUGAAAUACUCUGAUUAUUGUACCGUGCGGCAGGCGUCCUCCACCAUGGACCUCCCGUCCCUUCUACUCCCAGGCAUGCUGAUAGCCAUGUGUACAGGAGAUCCAAUACAGGAUCAUCAAGAAGCAGUUAAUGCGUCAGUUCCCCAAGAGUCCAGCAAUGAUGUUUUCAGUGACAUUUUAACAUCCAAUCAAGACAGUUCCCGAUUCAUGCUACAAGGAGAUAUCGCUGUGAAAAGGAACAGGAAUGCUGUCAUCUGUAGAGGAAAAUCUUGUCUAUGGCCAAAAUCCAAAGACGGAACAGUCAACGUGCCGUAUACAUUGUCUGACAACUACACAUUGGAAGAAAAAGCGAUCAUCCAGGCUGCCAUGGAGGAGGUGACAGUUGUGACUUGCAUACGGUUUGUUCCUCGCCGUGAAGAGCCAAACUACUUACGAAUCCGACCUUAUGAUGGAUGCUGGUCGUAUGUUGGACGUGUAGGUGGUGCUCAGGAUUUGUCCCUCACGAAACCCAAAUGCCUCCACUGGGGUAUAAUACAACACGAGCUGCUCCACUCCCUGGGCUUCCAACACGAGCAGUGCCGCAGUGACCGCGACAAGUACAUCCGCAUCAACUGGGGGAACAUCAGCCAAGACAAGGAACGUAACUUCUACAAAAUGAGCACCCAGAACCUGGGAAUGCCCUACGACUACCUGUCUGUGCUGCACUACGGCAAGUUUGCCUUUACCAAUGAUGCUGGGAAAGCCACCCUAGAACCAGUAGGCGACCCUCGUGCUGCGAUUGGCCAGCGGGUUGGGUUGAGUUCUCUGGACGUUGUGAAGAUGAACAAACUCUAUGGAUGCAAUACGUGCGGCUUCCUUCUUCCGGAUCAUCGCGGUACAUUCUCAUGGGACUCCAAACUUCAUCCAAAUGUCUCCACUUGUUCCUGGCUGAUCCGGAUCCCGGAAGGCAAGGUCUUCCUGCAGUUUGAGAAAUUCGAUGUUCAGUCUUCUCCGGCCUGCAGCCAGGCCUCUGUGAUUGUCUAUGAUGGGAUGAGCAGGGAGGCAGCGGUUCUUAUCCCCAGGACCUGUGGAAAGGUGCGGCCGAUUGGCCACGUUGCCUCUGGAAAGCUCAUGAGAAUUGAAUCCACCAGAAGAGGAGAAGAGGUCAGCUUUAAGGCAAUCUACAAUACUAUAAAUUGUGGAGAAUCCUUCAACAGCUCAGCAGGAAACUUCUCUUCUCCCGGUUUUCCGGCUCUGUACCCCAAUUCCAUGGACUGUGUAUGGGUGUUAUCUGCUCCUCCUGGGCACAAGAUGACGGUACGCAUUGCUCCUUUCAGCCUGGAAUUGUCCAAGGGCUGCUCCUAUGACUAUCUCCUCUUCCAAGAUGGACAGAAGCAGAAAAGAACAUGCGGAGUCCUUCCUAAGCUGAGCUUUACAUCCUCUGGCGCUUCUCUGAUGGUUCACUUCCAUAGCGACUCUUCUGUCCAGGCCAAAGGAUUCUACGCUGCCUUCUCCUUGUCUCCUGCAUCAUGAAGAGCCUUCUAACUCAGUAACUAGACAUCUACAGUCUGUAUUUUGGCGAGCAGGUGGCGCCAUGGUACAUGUAUACUAUUGCUCAUAUACAAAAUAACUACUGCUGUUGCUUAGAGGCCGAUGUGUAAAGGUCAGCACAAUAAUUGGCCUUACUUUUGCUUUGUUUUGCAUUGACAUUUUGCUUGUUCUUUUACUGUGUUAUUAAAAAUUAAACAUGAAAUGUCGCACUGUGCGAAAAUGGCAAGAAACAGACAAAAUCUGCUAAAAUGUAGCGAAUGUGACAAGAAUAAAGCCUGUGAAGUGCACAUUCUAAGAUUGCUUUUUAUAAAGGAUUCCUGCUUAUAUGAAA